GCAAGCGCGCUAAUGGGCGCAGAAAACAGCACAAGAGGACGGAGGCGCAUCAUCACAGAGCGACGCGCGCAAGCGAACGCCUCCACAUGGACACGCUAGGCCCACUACCUCCCACUGCAAAAGGAAAUCGAUGCGUUUUUGUGAUGGUCGACGAGCAGACUCGGUGGCGCGAGGUAUACCUGGCGCCCAAGAAAGAAGCCAAGCACGCGCUCGAGGCUCUGAAGUUUUGGGUGAAGAAGCAUCGUGUCCCCGAGUGCCUCCUUACGGACAAUGGUGGCGAGUACACGGCAAAGGCGGUCGACGAGUUUCUAACCAGCCUCAACAUCCGUGCCGAGCGAGCAAGCCCAUACUCCCCGCAGCAGAACAGCACCGUGGAGCGGCUAAGCGGAGUGUUGAUGCGUUCGGUCCGUGCUUGCGUUUGUGGGUUGAAGAAAAGCCUCUGGGGAUACGCGAUGGAGAGUGCUGCGCACGCUCGUAACAGAAUGCCGCGCGAAGCGCUUGAUGGGUUGUCGCCGUGCGAAGUGUGGCGAAAGCGUAAACCCAGCCUGGGACACAUGUUGCCUUUCUAUCAGCGUGUCAUGUUCAGGCGCUACAAGUACAAAAACAAGGUGGACGAGCAACGCGAGCCGGGCCGUUUCCUCUACUACAGCGAUUUUUCGAGUGGUUACGUAGUGGAGGAUCAGCGGGGCAACAUUUUGCAAUCACCAAAUUGCCGCGUGGUAGACGACAACGAACCUCACACGCACGGAUUGGAGGGCGACGCCUCCGAUGAUGAUGACUGGUUCGGAGAGGACCUCUGCCCCGACAUCCCUGAGGACGAGAUGGCCAGCUUCGUGGCGUUCGCUGACCAGUUCGCAAAGGUGCCGGAAACCGAGCAAGCAUACCUGUUCGAGGCGACCACGUAUGGAAAGGCGAUGAAGUCAGCUGACCGGGGCGAUUGGGCAGAGGCGAUCGACGCGGAGCUUCAGAACUUCAUCGACAAAGAUGUCUACGAAGAAGUGGACUACGACCCUGAAGAUCCCGGCAUGCGGAAAGCGAUGAGCAUGAAGAUGGCGCUUGUCAAGAAGCAGGACGACCAGGGCAAGACUACAAAGCACAAAGCCCGCGGUGUUGUCCUGGGGAACUUUCAGCCGCUAUCAGACAAGAUAUUCUCGCCGGUGAUUCGUUGGGCGACGCUGCGCGCCGUGCUUGUGUUGGCAUGGUCGAUGGGAUGGAGCAUCUUUCAGUGCGAUAUCUCGGCGGCUUUCCUGAGCGCGAAAAUCUCGGAGCCACGUUACGUUUUUCCGCCAUCUUGUUGGCGUAGGCCCGGUAAGAUUUGGCGACUCAAGCGCGCAGUCUACGAAAUGCGCGAGUCCGGUGCCCUUUGGUGUCAGGAUAUUAGCAAAUACUUGAUCUCGCUUGGGUUUGAGCGAAGCGCAGCAGAUGCCAGUCUCUACGUUCGCGGCGACGCAAUUCUACUGCUCUAUGUAGACGACGUAACUUGGCUUACGCGCAAUAACGACGUCCGGGACGAGAUCAAGCAGAAGAUCUUCGACGAGUACGACGCCAAGGAGAUCAGGCCCGAAGUGAUGGACGGCGAGCCCGUCUACAGGUUCCUGGGUGUGAGGUUUCCCUGGGGCGCAGAGCGUCUUAGAUUCUUCCAGCGGGAGCUCGUGGAGAAAGUACUUGAGCAGUUCGGUUUUGAAGCGUGUCGUCCUGCACCAACACCAAUGACGGAGCACGACAAGACUGCGCCAGAACCUGAAGCCUACAAGGGUUACACGGUCAACGCAGAAGACUAUCGCUCUUUUGUUGGGUCCAUAAUGUACUUGCAGGUGGCAACGCGUUGGCACUUGUCAUAUGUGACAGCUUGCCUUUCCAUGUUUUUGGAGCAGCCCGGAAAUAGGCAGUUUCGCAUUGCCAAGCGGUUACUGCGAUAUCUUUCUGGGACGAAAGAUCUCGCGUUGGAGUGCACCCGCGGCAAAGUCGGACUAUCCGCUUUCAGCGACGCAACCUACCUGGGGUGGCGAAGACGACGGCAAAAGCGUAUCUGGUGCGAUGGUAUUCCUCAGAAUGCCUGUCCACUGGCACGCUAAACUACAAAAGAGCACUGCUCUGCCGAGUUGCGAAUCAGAGUACAUUGCCGGCGCAGAAACGCGCAAAGAGCUCAGGUUCUUGCGCAACCUCCUCGAGGAACCGCGUCUACGGGAUGUCGUUUCGCAGGUUUUGGAAUACGAGGGUGAAAGCCUUGCCGCCACCCCUGUCUUCUGCGAUAACAUCGGAGCAAAAUAUAUCUCCGAAGCACGUGAAGACCGUCGGUGCAAACGUAUCGAUCUGCGGUGGCAUUUCGUGCGCGAGAUGGUGGAGGAGAAGAAGACUCGCAUCAUCUACAUUCCGACAACUAGGCAGCUGGCCGACAUCAUGACCGAGGCGCUGGCCGAAGCAAAAUUUAAAUGCCUGGUGGAGCAGGUCAAAGAAUUCGACCUAACUGGAACCUUGAAGGAGUUCCUCCCCGCGAAGAUGUAAAUUGGUCAUCGGUUUACUCUUCCUUAUCGGGUUUUGAGACCGAUAAUCCGCUGCGAGUUGAGAUCGUAGCACUAAAAGCUUGGCGCUGGAGCAGCGUUGGGCGAUUUCUGGGGCGAUGAUUUUGAGACAUCUCCUGGCGGUGAUUGUUUUGGAGUGCAGUCGGAUAGAUUUUCUUGACGUUUCGCCUUGGCGUGAUUGAGGAACGCGAACAGGAUACAGACGAAAACCCCUCUGGCUUAUUUGUUUGAGCAUUUUAGACCAGAGGCAUUUGCGAGGGGGGAUGUGUUACGACAAUCCUCAACUCAAAGAGAUAUAGUGUGGAGUUAAGAUCUCUCGGGGCAAAUUCCCCAUCGAGAUCCAACUUGGCUCAAUUCGGAUCCUCUUAACCUCGUGGUGGAUCUUUGAAAAAGAUCCUGAUGAUCCUUGACGAUUUUCACAGCUUAGCAAGUUCUCAAAACUUGCAACUUUAUGAGAAGACGAACCAAAGACAUUUUAUACUUUUAUACUUUCCUGCAGGGUGUUGCGAUUCGUCAGAAAAUAAAACCAAU